AUGAGGUUAAACAAAGCGGGUUUAAUCAUAGGGCUUUUAAUGUUUAUAUUCCUGGAUGGGCUCGUCCCUUGCAUGGCUAAAAGCGAGCGUUACUAUCGUUUUGUUCUAGAAGAUACAGAGUUUACAAGAUUAUGCAGCACAAAGACUAUGCUCACUGUAAAUGGAUGUUUUCCAGGGCCAACAAUAAGCGCUCGUAGAGGAGAUAGAAUUUUUGUCGAUGUGCUCAAUCAAGGAAAUUAUGGGGUCACAAUCCAUUGGCAUGGAGUGAAACAGCCAGGAAAUCCAUGGUUUGACGGUCCAGAAAACAUCACGCAGUGCCCAAUUCAGCCAGGAAAAAACUUCACAUACGAGCUCAUAUUAUCUACUGAAGAGGGAACUCUAUGGUGGCACGCACAUAGUGACUGGAGUCGAGCCACGGUACAUGGCGCUAUUGUCAUUUUGCCUGCUCUUGGAACCACGUAUCCAUUUCCUGCGCCUGAUGCAGAAGAAACAAUUGUGAUUGGAUCAUGGUAUAAGGGAGAUGUAAAGGCGGUAAUUGAUGAAGCUCUUGCGACAGGUAUAGUUCCUAACGUAUCCAACAGUUUUACCAUCAAUGGCCAACCGGGAGAUCUAUAUCCAUGCUCCAAAGAAAACACAUAUCGUUUACGGGUUGAUUACGGCAAGACUUACCUUCUCCGAAUAAUCAAUGCCGUGAUGAAUGAAGAACAAUUCUUUGGAAUUGCUGGCCACAGCCUCAUCGUUGUUGGACAGGAUGGGGCAUACAUAAAACCUAUACCCACAGAAUAUAUGGUGAUUACCCCGGGACAAACGAUGGAUGUUUUAGUCACAGCUGAUCAGGCUCCGAGCUAUUAUUACAUUGCUUCUACGCUUUUUGCUGAUGGUGCUAAUGUUCCAUUUGACAACACCACAACUACAGCUAUUGUGCAAUACAAUGGCAACUAUACUCCCCCUUUAUCUAUUCCACUCCCAACCCUACCAGGAGCCAACGAUAGUAGUGCUGCAGCAAGCUACAAUAGUCUUAUCAGGAGUCUAGCUAGCGAAGACCAUCCUAUUAACGUCCCCAAAGAAAUUGAUCGAUGUCUUUAUAUCACAGUUUCUUUGAAUCUCUUGCCUUGUACAGAGGCAUCAUGUGCAGGACCAACUCGGAUAGCUGCAAGCAUGAACAAUGUUAGUUUUGAAGUCAAGGCAAUCGAUAUAUUGCAAGCCUAUUACAAAAGUAUUAAAGGGGUUUUCGAGAAAGAUUUCCCAAGUGAACCACCAAGGUAUUUCGACUUCACAGGAAACGUGUCAGACAUUGAUGUAACUACAGCCAGAGGAACAAAGGUGAAGAUGUUGAAUUAUGGAGAAGCAGUUGAGAUUGUCUUUCAAGGGACUAAUUUAUCCGUUGAAAUGAACCAUCCUUUGCAUCUACAUGGAUAUAGUUUCUUCUUGGUUGGUAGAGGUAAAGGAAAUUUCAACAAUGAGAUUGAUCCCAAGUCUUAUAAUCUGAUCGAUCCACCUGAAAUCAACACCGUUGCACUUCCUAAGAGUGGAUGGAUUGCCAUUAGAUUUAUCGCUGAUAAUCCUGGGGUAUGGUUCCUUCAUUGUCACUUGGAAAGACAUUCAAGCUGGGGUAUGGCCACAGUUCUCAUUGUGAAGAAUGGCUCAACAAGGGCAACAAGCAUGUUCCGUCCUCCGGUGUACAUGCCACCUUGCUCGUAA